CUUUGAGGUUAGAAAUCGAAUUCGUUGCAAAAGAAGCAAAUCUUUAACCCUUUUCAACAAAUUCCGUAAAUUUUUAAGAUUCGAUUUCGAAAGGAUAAGAGAAAAAGAGUAUAAAAUUACAACUCCUGCCGUCGUUCCCGUUGAAAAGUAAGCCGAGAAAGUGAAGCAAUCGCCUUUCGCGCAAUCAACUGUAGAGCGCCAGAAAUUUACGGUCACGUUCCGGGGAAUAUACUUUGGGAAGGGCCGAUGGAUAAGGAAAACACCACACAUCCAGCUGAUGCUGAAACGAAAACGGAGGCGGCUUUAAAGCCGACAGAUCAGGCGAAAGAAAAUAAUGUGGAUCAAAAAACGGAAUCCGCUUCGGAGGUUGCGGGAGGGGGUACAUCGAGCGAAGUUAAACCUAAACCCCCAGCACAAAAACCGCCUCCAGUAAAACGGAAGCGCAAGAAACCACCGAAGGAUGCGAACGCGCCGAAACAUCCACUAACCGGAUACGUGCGUUACAUGAACGAGCAUCGAGACGGAGUCCGCCAGAAACAUCCAAACCUAUCUCACAUGGACUUGACGAAACUGAUGGCUGAAGAUUGGUCCAAGUUACCAGAGGAUAAAAAGAAACCAUACCUAGAGGCGGCAGAAGCAGAUAAAGAACGUUAUAAUAAGGAAAUUCUGGAGUACAAAAUGACAAAACCGGCACCGGCGCCGGCACCAGCACAGCCAAAACCGGAUGAUGCGACGACAACAAGUGUUGGGGCAAAGGAAACUCCCGUACCCCAGAUCGCACCAAUGGUAGCGCCGUACGUGAAUGGAAGACUGGAGCAGAAAGUGAUUCGCCGGGGAGAUUACGAUAUUCCUAUUUUCACGGAAGACUUCCUCGACCAUAACAAAGUCAUUGAAUCGGAGCUGCGCACAUUACGCAAAUCAAACAUUGACUACGAGCAGCAAAAUUCGGUGCUUGAGAAACACGUGGAAAACAUGGAGAACGGCAUACAGAAGCUAGACAGUGAAUCGUCCACUCUAGAUGCACGAAAUGCUGUUUUGGAGAGCUAUUUGCAAAAGCUAAAAACCUCGCUUACCAACGCAUUUCAGGGUUUUCCACUCGGGGGCGAAUGUAGCGGGGCAUCACUUGAAAAUGUCGAUCAGUAUUUAGCAGAUUUGCACCAGAUGGCGGAUUCUAGCACGCAGGGCCAUACAUUGAACAAAGCGAAAGACAUUAUCCGUAAGUUGGAUCUACAAAAACUUGGACUGUAAAACACUUCACACAGGAUGAAGCUUGAAUCUGUGGCACAAUAUAA